GAGCUCCUGCGGUCACGUGACUUUUGGUUGGGAGCCACCAUUUUGGCAGUCAACAUGACCACCGGUGCCAGUGUUUUCUUACCGAGCGAGUAUACUUCUCAUUUUAAUUCAAGUGAAAUUCGGCUUUAUAGUACAAAAUUAGAGAGAUUAAAUAUAAGCGACCCAUAUAAUUCACCCGGUGUGCUUUUCAAGAGCAUAACCUCCUGCUCUGAAGACGAUGUACCCGACUUGCGCUACGCAGACAUCCACAGCUAUCUUGUAAGCUUUCCAUCAGUGUACUCAGGAGACUCCCUCAGAGCGUACAAAAGCUUGGAGGCUUACAAAUGGUGUCAGUCCGGCUUCGUAAACAACAUUCAACUGUGGAGUCUUACAUCCAAAAACUUCGGCAUCAUCACUGCAAGGGUUAAUCACUCCCAAAGGCUUAAUGAAAGUCAACUAAAGCCAUGGGUGGUGGUGAGGAACGACGGUGUUGUGCUGGGAGCCCACUGCAACUGCACAGCGGGACUCGGGGAGAGCUGCUCUCAUGUGUCAGCUGUUCUCUUCAGUCUGUGGGGAAAAAACAACGCAAGGCACGAGGAGAUCAGCUGCACAUCCAAAAAAUGCAAGUGGGCCUCUCCCAGUGAGGAUGCUGCGAAGAAUGUGGAGUACCUGCAGGGCAAGGACAUCAUAUUCAACCAUACUCAACAAAAUAAAAAGGGGAAUUCCACCAAGGGUACCUCUGCGCCCCCAUCUUUCCCACCCCUGACUGCUGCUGAGCAAACACAGUUCUACCAAAAUCUCUCACAGUGCCGGACUCAAGAUGGGAAGUCCUGCAGACCUGCAGUCCUGUCAGUUGUUCGCGGGUACGCCACAUCCUAUGUACCCAAGGCUGUCAAGCUAGAUUUACCUGAACCCCUUACCAGUCUGUAUGACAAGAAGGCAAGAGACCUGAACCUGGCUGAAUUACAAGAGCGUGCAGAAGGAAUAUUUGAGGACUUGACUGUCACUGAAGAACAGGUACAUAACAUAUUCUGUUUACUAAUGACUGAAAUCUAAGAUCUACCAUGUUAUGUGCACGUGUACUGUGUGUGCGCUAUCUUGCAAUGUAAAUGAGAAACUGUUUGGAUUGCCAUGUUUUCAGAGUGAUAUUGUAGAGGAGGAGACCCAAGCACAGUCCAAGUCCAGAAUUUGGUUUGAUCAAAGGAGUGGUAGGGUGACAGGAUCUACCUUCAGAGCAGCAACAAGAACAGACCUCAGAAAGCCAGCCGUGUCUCUCAUAAGACAGAUAUGUGACCCAAAGUCCCAUGUUUUCAGCAGUGAGGCUACCAGGUAUUCAUGGGCAGAGAAUUCCAGCCAAUGUCAACAUGCAGUUGAACAUCCUAACAUACUCCAAAUA